UAAGAGAGUCAAUUACUUAUGUAUCUACUCCUCUUGUAUAUCAACAGAUCAAACGUGAGUAAACUGGUUUCUCUUCAUCUGGGCUCACAGCCAACGACAGUUCUUUGUCACAUGGGAGAUUUUGGAUGCGGAGAUGGAGGAUGGACGCCAGUCAUGAAGAUUAACGGCAACAAGAGUACCUUUCACUAUGAUUCUGGUUACUGGAGUAAUAAAAUUGAAUACAACACUGCUGGAGGGGAGACUGGAUUCGACUCACAAGAGACCAAGCUGCCUACUUACUGGGACACAUCCUUCUCCAAGAUCUGCCUCGGUAUGAAGAUCGGUGGACAGAUCAGAUUCACUGUAAUCAAUAUGAAGGCCAGCUCUUUUUACUCAUUAAUCGCUGACGAGAAAUACCGAAACACCUCAUUGGGUCGUGACACGUGGAAGAAGCUUAUUGGCUCAGAGGCCUCGUUGCAGCGUUACUGUAACACAGAAGGGUUCAAUGUUAUCUGUGGUGGGUCUGAUUUCUCCAAAGCAAGAAUCGGCACCGCUACUAACAACCAGGAUAACUGCCUCUCUUGCGACUCCAGGAUUGGAUUUGGUACAGGAGGACAAUAUGAUCCCUAUAACACCUGUGGAAACGAGGCUACUCGUGAACCGGAUAAUGGCGAUAAACACAUUAAAGCCAUGGGUUACAUUUUGGUUUAUUGAAACCAAAAGAAAAACACGGAAAGCUCAUUCAAAUGUUAAGAUUAGAUUCAGAACGAUCCAGUAAGAAGAUUUGCUUCGGUUUUCUCAUUUA